UAAACUUACCGGCCGGGCUGCGGGUCCGACUAAAACCGGGAAAACACCUCAUUAAAACUCGCUUUUAUUUUUUUAACCACAUCGUUCCGUCCGGAUCGAUAAAGGCUGACAGAGAUCUGCUCGGUACGGCGAGAGGGCGGGGGACAAAUCUGGUAGUUAUUCCCCCCCGCUAAGUCUCAUCUUCAUCACCCCUCCUCCUCCUCCUCCUCCUCCCUCUCCGCGCGGCGUGAGUUUCACGUGGAGACCGGAGGUUCAUCACUACUACUGAAUCAGUCUACUGCAGUUAGCAUUAGCUCUUCGUGACUUUAAACAAAACAAAACAAACAAACAAACAAACAAACAAACAAAAAGAUGGCAGCGUUGAUCCUAGAGGACGGGACGGCGUUCAGGGGCCUCCUGUUCGGGGCAGAUGUGUCAGUGUCGGGAGAAGUUGUGUUUCAGACGGGCAUGGUGGGCUACCCCGAGGCUCUCACUGACCCAUCCUACCGCUGCCAGCUGCUCACCCUCACUUACCCUCUGGUCGGUAACUAUGGCGUACCAAAGGACGAAGACGGAGACUUUGGACUGAGCAAGUGGUUUGAGUCGUCGAAGAUCCACGCUGCGGCUCUGAUCAUCGGAGAGCUGUCGGAGAGUCCCAGUCACUGGAGUUCAGUCAAGUCACUGGACCAGUGGCUCAAAGAGCAAGGCAUUCCCGGAUUACAAGGCAUCGACACUCGCCGUCUCACCAAAAAGAUCCGAGAGAAGGGCACCAUGUUGGGGAAGCUGGUCGUGGACGGGACUCCUGAGGACAGUAUCCCCUUUGAUAACCCGGACAAGAGGAACCUGGUCCAGGAGGUCUCCAUGAAGGAGCCCAGAGUGUUCAACCCCAGCGGUAGUCUGCGAAUCACGGUGGUGGACUGCGGCAUCAAAUACAACCAGAUCCGCUGCCUGGCUCAGAGAGGAGCUCGUGUGACUGUCGUUCCCUGGGACCACCCGUUGGACAGCACAGAUUUUGAUGGUUUGUUCAUCAGUAACGGCCCCGGGGAUCCCCAGUUCUGUCAGACCACCAUCAGCAACGUGAGGAAGGUGGUCUGCGUCGAACGCCCCAAGCCGGUUUUCGGCAUUUGCCUCGGACACCAGCUGCUCUCUUUAGUCAUCGGAUCGAAGACCUACAAGAUGAAGUACGGGAACCGUGGCCACAACCAGCCAUGCAUCCACAAGGGAACAGAGCGCUGCUUCAUCACCAGUCAAAACCACGGGUUCGCCGUCGACCCCGACACCCUGCCGAAGGACUGGGACGUCCUCUUCACCAACGCCAAUGAUCAUACCAACGAGGGCAUCGUACACAACACGCAACCCCUGUUCAGUGUUCAGUUCCACCCAGAGCACAUGGCUGGACCCACAGACCUGGUCGGCCUGUUUGAUGUCUUCCUUGACACCGUGAAAGACCACAAAGAGGGCAACGCUACCAAAUCUGUGAAGCAGCGUCUACUGGACCACCUUACCUACCCGGGUUUCACAAAGCCUGAAGAGGUGCUCCGACCCAGGAAGGUCCUCAUCCUGGGCUCUGGAGGACUGUCCAUUGGCCAGGCUGGGGAGUUCGACUACUCCGGCUCUCAGGCUAUUAAGGCUCUCAAGGAAGAGAAUAUCCAGACUGUGCUGAUCAACCCCAACAUUGCCACCGUCCAGACCUCCAAGGGCCUGGCUGACAAAGUCUACUUCCUGCCGAUCACAGCGGAGUAUGUCACCCAGGUGAUAAAGAAUGAACGUCCCGACGGCGUGCUGCUGACCUUUGGCGGUCAGACCGCUCUGAACUGCGGCGUGGAGCUGACCAAGCUGGGCGUCCUGGAGAAGUAUAAAGUUAAGGUUCUGGGAACGCCGGUGGCCUCCAUCGAGAUGACUGAAGACCGGAAGAUCUUUGUGGAGAAAAUGGAAGAGAUCAAUGAGCAUGUCGCUCCCAGUGAAGCAGCGCUGUCUGUAGAGCAGGCAGUGGCAGCUGCAGAACGUCUAGGCUACCCUGUUCUGGUUCGGUCGGCGUUCGCUCUCGGUGGUCUGGGCUCGGGCUUCGCCAACAAUAGAGAGGAGCUAACCUCUCUGGUGACAUCAGCCUUCGCCCACACCUCCCAGGUACUGGUGGACAAAUCCCUGAAAGGCUGGAAGGAGAUCGAGUACGAGGUGGUCCGCGAUGCUUACGACAACUGUAUCACUGUGUGUAAUAUGGAGAAUAUUGACCCUCUGGGCAUCCAUACCGGAGAAUCCAUCGUUGUGGCGCCCAGUCAGACGCUUAACGACCACGAAUACAACAUGCUGAGGAACACGGCCAUCAAAGUCAUCAGGCACCUCGGCAUCGUGGGAGAGUGUAACAUCCAGUACGCUCUUAACCCUGAGUCUGAACAGUACUACAUCAUUGAGGUGAAUGCCCGUCUGUCACGGAGUUCGGCCCUGGCCAGCAAGGCGACAGGUUAUCCUCUGGCCUAUGUAGCUGCUAAACUUGGCCUGGGGAUCCCGCUGCCACAACUCAAGAACUCCGUUACCAACUCGACUACAGCGAACUUUGAGCCCAGCUUGGAUUACUGUGUUGUGAAGGUGCCUCGCUGGGAUCUGAGCAAGUUCCUCAGGGUUUCCACCAAGAUUGGCAGCUCCAUGAAGAGUGUUGGCGAGGUGAUGGCUAUUGGCCGUAGCUUUGAGGAGGCCUUCCAGAAAGCUCUGAGGAUGGUGGAUGAGAACUGUGUUGGCUUUGACCACACCAUCAAGCCCGUCUCUGAAAAGGAGUUGCAGACUCCUACAGAUAAGCGCAUCUUUGUUUUGGCGUCGGCCUUCAGAGCCGGUUACACGGUGGACCAGCUGUACGAGCUCACCAAGAUCGACCGCUGGUUCCUGCACAAGAUGAAGAACAUAACCGACCACGAGCGACUGAUGGAGACGUACAACCAGGAUGAGAGUGCCAUGCCACCAGAGGUGAUGCGAAAGGCCAAGCAGCUGGGCUUCUCAGACAAGCAGAUAGCACUAGCUGUGCAGAGCACAGAGCUCGUGGUGAGAAAGCUGCGUCACGAUUGGUCCAUCAUACCUGUAGUGAAGCAGAUUGACACGGUAGCGGCCGAAUGGCCCGCCCACACAAACUACCUGUACUUAACCUACCACGGCACCGAGAACGACCUGCACUUCAACGAUCAGCACGUCAUGGUGAUCGGCUCAGGGGUUUACCGCAUCGGCAGCAGCGUGGAAUUUGAUUGGUGUGCAGUCGGAUGCAUCACAGAGCUCAGGAAGAUGGGUUAUAAGACCAUCAUGGUGAACUACAACCCAGAGACCGUCAGCACAGACUACGACAUGUGUGACCGCCUCUACUUCGAUGAGAUCUCCUUCGAGGUGGUGAUGGAUAUCUAUGAGAGGGAAAACCCAGAGGGAGUGAUCCUCUCUAUGGGAGGCCAGCUGCCCAACAACAUCGCCAUGUCGCUGCACCGCCAGCAGUGCCGCAUCUUGGGAACCUCCCCCGAGUUCAUCGACUCUGCCGAGAACAGGUUCAAGUUCUCCAGAAUGCUGGACACCAUCGGAAUCAGCCAGCCACAGUGGAAGGAGCUCUCCGACACUGAGUCUGCUAUGAAGUUUUGUGAGACUGUGGGUUAUCCCUGCCUGGUUCGUCCCUCCUACGUUCUCAGCGGAGCGGCCAUGAACGUUGCCUACACUGACAGCGACCUCGAGAAAUACCUGAGUAGCGCCGUAGCUGUGUCCAAGGAAUACCCUGUUGUCAUCUCCAAAUUCAUACAGGAGGCCAAGGAGAUAGACGUGGACGCCGUAGCCUGUGACGGGGUAGUGAUGGCCAUCGCGGUGUGCGAACACGUGGAGAACGCCGGCGUUCACUCUGGGGAUGCCACACUGGUGACGCCACCCCAGGAUCUCAAUCAGAAGACGAUGGAGAGGAUCAAGAUGAUCGUCCACGCCAUCGGCCAGGAGCUGCAGGUCACCGGACCUUUCAACCUGCAGCUGAUUGCCAAGGACGACCAACUGAAGGUGAUCGAGUGCAACGUCCGAGUCUCCCGCUCCUUCCCCUUCAUAUCCAAGACCCUGGGCGUGGACAUGGUUGCCCUGGCAACUCAGGCCAUUGUUGGGGAGGACGUGGAGCCGUUGGGCCUAAUGAGGGGAAAAGGGAUUGUAGGAGUCAAGGUUCCUCAGUUUUCAUUCUCUCGGCUGGCCGGGGCUGACGUGGUGCUCGGGGUGGAGAUGACCAGCACUGGUGAGGUGGCCUGUUUCGGGGAGAACAGAUAUGAGGCUUACCUCAAAGCCAUGCUCUCCACGGGCUUCAAGAUCCCCAAAAAGAACAUUCUGCUCUCCAUUGGCAGCUUUAAGAACAAGAGCGAGCUGCUGCCCACCGUGCAGGCUCUGGAGUCUAUGGGUUAUGACCUGUACGCCAGUCUGGGUACCGCAGAUUUCUACACAGAACAUGGAGUCAAGGUGACAGCGGUGGACUGGCCGUUCGAGGAGGACGACAGCGAGUGUCCCAAUAAAGAGAAGCAGCGCAGCAUCAUGAACUACUUGGAGGAAAACCACUUCGACCUGGUCAUCAACCUCUCCAUGAGGAACAGCGGCGGUCGCAGGCUCUCCUCCUUCGUCACCAAAGGCUACAGGACGAGACGCAUGGCCAUCGACUACUCUGUCCCGCUCAUCAUCGACAUCAAGUGCACCAAGCUGUUUGUGCAGGCUCUUCGUCAGAUCGGUAGGACUCCACCAGUGAAGACUCACGUUGACAGCAUGACAUCCCAGACGCUGGUCCGUCUGCCUGGUCUGAUCGAUGUGCAUGUUCACCUACGGGAGCCUGGAGCCACACACAAGGAGGACUUCUCCUCCGGUACGGCAGCUGCUCUGGCGGGAGGAGUGACCAUGGUGUGUGCGAUGCCCAAUACUUCCCCUGCCAUCACCGACGCCAGCACUCUGGCGCUGGUACAGAAGCUGGCCAAAGCGGGCUGCCGGUGCGACUACGCCCUGUAUGUGGGCGCCGCUUCAGACAACGCCGCCGUCCUGCCGUCCAUCGCUAGCCAGGCCGCCGGCCUGAAGAUGUACCUGAACGACACGUACUCCACCCUCAAGAUGGACAACGUCUCUCUCUGGAUGGAGCACUUUGAGAAGUGGCCCAAGCAGAUGCCCAUCGUUGCUCACGCUGAGAAGCAGACGGUGGCUGCAAUCCUCAUGGUGGCUCAGCUCUACCAGCGACCAGUCCACAUCUGCCACGUGGCCAAGAAGGAGGAGAUCCUGAUCAUCAGAGCAGCGAAGCAGAAGGGCAUUCAGGUCACAUGUGAGGUGGCGCCUCAUCACCUCUUCCUUUGCGAGGAAAACGUGGCAGAGAUCGGCGACGGACGAGCGCAAGUCCGACCCAUGCUGGGAACACACGAGGACAUGGAGGCCCUGUGGGAAAACCUGGACAUCAUUGACUGCUUCGCCACAGACCACGCUCCCCACUCUGUAGAGGAGAAGAACAGCGAGCGUCCUCCUCCGGGUUACCCCGGCCUGGAAACGAUGCUGCCAUUGCUGCUGACCGCUGUGGGUGAUGGACGUCUUACUCUGGAUGAUAUCAUCAGACGUCUUUAUGACAACCCACGCAAGAUCUUCAACCUGCCUGUCCAGGAGAACACCUACGUGGAGGUGGACUUGGAGCAGGAGUGGGUUAUUCCUCAGACCAUGCAGUUCACCAAGUCAAAGUGGACACCUUUCCAGGGCAUGAAGGUGAAGGGUAAAGUCCGGCGCGUGGUCCUGCGAGGAGAGGUGGCCUACAUCGAUGGCCAGGUGUUGGUACCUCCAGGUUACGGUGAAGAUGUGAAGACCUGGCCGUCUGCUUCGAUCCCUCCUCCUGAAACUGUUAAAGAAAGUCCCAGGACUCCGGAGCACCCACGUCCUACUCCUCCCCGGGAAGGCCCGGUCCGGACCAGAGCACCCAGCCCCCGACGAUCUGCAGGAGAGAGCCGCUACCUGCUGCCCCCUCGCAUCCACCGCUCCUCUGAUCCCGGACUCCAACCAGAGAUGUUUAUGGUCCCUCCAACCGGCGCCGGUGACGGUUACAGCCACCCUCCUCCCCUGUCCAGGCUGCUGUCCCCUCAGUCAGGACCAGGACUGAUACCUGCUGGACAGGCGUCUCACUUCCAGACCUCUCCUCUGCUGCACGCACUGGUGGGCCAGCACAUCCUGUCCGUCAGACAGUUCAGCAAAGAGCAGAUCUCUCAUCUUUUUAAUGUUGCCCACACUCUGCGUUUGCUGGUUCAGAAGGAACGAAGUCUGGACAUCCUGAAGGGUAAGGUGAUGGCGUCCAUGUUCUACGAGGUCAGCACUCGCACCAGCAGCUCCUUCGCGGCGGCCAUGCAGCGUCUGGGCGGCUCUGUCGUCCACUUCAGCGAAUCCACCUCGUCGACGCAAAAAGGAGAAUCUCUGGCCGACUCCGUCCAGACCAUGAGCUGCUACGCCGACGUCCUGGUGCUCCGACACCCAACGCCUGGAGCUGUAGAGAGUGCAUCACGUCAUUGCCGUAAGCCUGUGAUCAAUGCUGGAGACGGCGUCGGGGAGCAUCCAACCCAGGCCCUGCUGGACGUCUUCACCAUCAGAGAGGAGCUGGGGACGGUCAACGGCAUGACGAUAACUAUGGUCGGGGAUCUGAAGCACGGUCGCACGGUUCAUUCCCUCGCCAAACUGCUGACCCAGUACCGCAUCACGCUGCGCUACGUGGCUCCCAAGAACCUCCACAUGCCAGCAGAGAUCAUCAGCUACGUGGCCUCAAAGGGCAUCAAACAGGAGGAGUUUGACAGUAUUGAGGAAGCUCUGCCUGACACCGACGUCCUCUACAUGACGAGGAUCCAGAAGGAGAGGUUUGCAUCUGAGGAGGAGUACAAGGCUUGUUUCGGCCAGUUCAUCCUCACCCCUCACAUCAUGACUGUAGCCAAAAAGAAGAUGGUAGUGAUGCAUCCGCUGCCCAGAGUCAAUGAAAUCAGUGCGGAGGUGGACACAGACCCGAGGGCGGCAUAUUUCCGGCAGGCGGAGAACGGCAUGUACAUCCGAAUGGCCCUGCUGGCCACCGUACUGGGCAGAUAGAUCCACGUUCUGCAUAUUUGUAGCACAAAUUAUUUAGAGUAAUAAGUGUUAGACACUGCCCUUGCCUUUCCUGAAAUCUGUGGGCUUCUUAUAUCCAGUCCUAGUAGGGGAGGUAGUAGAGUUAAAUACAACAAUAAGACUGAGUCAUAUGUUCUAAAGUUAUAUUACACUGUAACACGAUGCUGCUCUUCUUCAGUUUGAUAGACCACGACUUGUUUCUCUUUUCAUCCAUAUCUCACCUGCAAGAAAACUGUAUUUCAUUACAGCAAAAUUAACAUUUUUCCUAUACACUGCUUCUUCACUAGAAAUGAUUUAGAUGCUGUAUUUGAAUGAGAUUGUUUGUGACGGUUAACAGACCAUCAGUAUUUGUGCGUCGGUGAGCCGACUGGAGGAGCUUUUGGAAGAAUAAAGGGAGGUGGGCAUUAAAAUCAUCAGCAUUGUCGGCACUGUGAUGUGUGAUGUUAGUAAAAUAAGUGUCUUGGUAGCUGGGUCAAAUGUGCAACCACUGUAACUAAGCUGCUGCACAGCUGUUUCCUCACUCGACUGUAGGUACAUUUAAAGGGACCGGAUAUUAAAAGGGAGAAAACGACUGUGAGGGUUUGCUCUAUUCUGACCAGUAAUGGGGGCAGUUGAGUUACUGUAUGAAAAACCUUCUUUAACAUUCCCCUUUCUUUCAACAUGUAGCUGAAGACUGAUAUUUCCAUUGUCUUUGGUGGUUUUAGGGGUGAUUGCUGUAACUGUUAGUGGUUUCUUGCACCGUAGCAGUUUAGAAGAAAACGUUCUCUCCUUAUUUUAAUUUUUUUUCUUGCCAGAUGGGUAUUAUUGUCAUUUAAAUGUUGGUGAAUGACUUUGUAUUAUGUGGAGAAAAUAAAUAAUAAAACAGUUUUCCCUUUUGCA